GGACGCCAUCUUGAAAAGGUCAGCAGUUAGGACGCGUCCAUCAGCGAUGUGGGGAAGAACGAGAACUAGGCUAAAGGAACAUCGAAAGCUUCUGCAUAUUUCCCAAGCUCCUUAGAAUCCGAUAUUGCAAAUAAACACCGAGGUCAAUAUAUUUGGGUGUGGCGUGACUGAGGGGUUAUUCCUUAGCCAUUCCUCCCCUAGUGCCAGUACCAGCUACCCCUAUCCCCUGCCUCUGGGCGAUAGUACAUGCCAAUCGGAGCGUGUGUUCGCGACUACGACGAGUCUGCCGCACUUCCGGCCAGGUCGCCGGAUAUCCGCCGAGUGACCCUUACUAGUCCUUCUUGAUCCUGAAGUGGAGUAGGUGCCGCUGUUGCUGCUCCUGCUGAGUCUAGAGCCGCAGCCGGACAUGGGGCUGGAGGACGAGCGAAGGAUGCUGACUGGGUCUGGAGAUCCCAAGGAGGAGGAAGAGGAGGAGGAAGAAUUAGUGGAUCCUCUAACAACAGUGAGAGAGCAAUGCGAGCAGAUAGAGAAAUGUAUAAAGGCUCGGGAGCGGCUGGAGCUCUGUGAUCAGCGGGUAUCCUCCAGGUCACAGACGGAGGAGGAUUGCACAGAGGAGCUCUUUGACUUCUUGCAUGCAAGAGACCACUGCGUGGCCCACAAACUCUUUAACAGCUUGAAAUAAAUGUGCAGAUUCCUUCACCCCAGCCUUCAGCACUUGGGCGUCAGGAUGUUUCCUUAUGGUUUUGGACAUGCCAUUUGUUUCUUAUUUGUGUAACUAAGUUCUUGUGGACCUCAAGGAUUUUGGCAUAGGCAAGUAGCAUCUAUGUAACUAUCAGUGAUUGCAUCUUAAUAAAGUCCAGUCAUCAGCA